AUGUCCCCAACACCCAUCGAAAUCCCGCGGACAAGAGCAGCCACGAACCACGCCGGCCCGUCCCGCUUCCUCGACCUCCCCGCCGAAAUCCGCGCCAUGAUAAUGGCCAACAUCUUCGAAUCCGCCGAGCCCAUCAGGCUGGAGAUGAAGUAUACGUUGCCCGACAUCCCUGACAUCUUUGACGACGACCUGUCGGAGGACGAGGAGGACGACAGCAGACCCCCUCAGACGUUCAUGGUACCAGUCCAGACUGAGAAGUACCGCGAUAUCUGCAAGGGCAUAACCCUCUUCCUGACCUGCCGCCAGUUAUAUCACGAAGCCGCCACGAUCUUGUAUAGCAACAACACUUUUGUGUUCGUUAGGUCAACCGAGCUGAGCUUUAAAGCUGGUCACUACCUUUGCUACAAGGAGUGGUGCUUGGGACUAGGCUCUCAGAUGAAGUGGCUAAGGAAAGUCCACAUCGAUGUAUACGACAGUGUUUGGAUGGCGAUCUGGAGAAAUGAUGGGGCCAGGGGGAUUCACUCUGGCGAUUUGACAGCACUGGCGGAACUCAUCUGUGACCCCUCGAUGGCCAAGUGCGUGUUCGAGGUGGUAAAGCCACGCGAGAUGGAGGAAGGUGCCGCCGCAGAGGCAUUCACUUUUGACCCGGAGCUCAUGAACAAAGUGUUCAAGGGUCUCUGCGCUGAUAGGACGAACCUCAAGAGGUCAACGGGAGCUAUUAUCAAGCUCGACUUCUUCCCCUUUGCGAGGCAUCCGUCUUACCAAGCAGGAGACGACAUCGGGCUUCUCGAGAUUGAGUGCGGCUCUCCCCACAACCAGUCCUCGCAUCGUAGGGAGUGA